GACCCCCGAGUCUUAUCGCAAAGCAAACAGCUCCCACCAGCUUGUCAUCCGCUUCAGGGCUGAGGCCAGGGGGUCUGCGGCAGGGCGAGCCGGGGCUGGGCGUCCGCCCGGUGCAGCGCGGCGGGGCUGCCCGGCGGGGGAAGCCCGUCCCGGAGCGCGCGGGGCGCCGGUGGCGGCCGGAGGCGGCGGCUGGGACGCCGCGCGGCUGCCGCAGGGGAGCGGCGGCGGCGGCGGGCGCGAGGGGCGGGGCGCACUCCGCAACUUCGGCCGCGGCCGCCCGGCGCUCUCGGCCCCGGCGCGCGCCGCUGCGGGGCUGCGGGGGCUGCGGUGCGGCCAGCCCGGCCCGACCCGGGGCCGCCACCCCGCGCCCGCCGCGCGUCCGUCGGGGACCUCGGGCGCCUCCCGCGGGGAGUCCUCGCCCACGCGUCACCCGCCGCGGCCGGGGGGACCCUGGGACGUGCGGGGGUCGCGAGGCCGAGCCGGGCGCCCCCCAGUGGCCGGCGCCGGCCCCCAUGGCUGGGCCGCGCGGAGCCGAGCGGGCAAGGUGAAUCCAGCCCCGGGGCGGGCAGCCGGGCAGCCGGAGCGCUUGGCGGGGGCGCCGGCUCCAUGGGCAGCGGCGCUGGGCACGAUGAUGGACGUUAACAGCAGCGGCCGCCCCGACCUCUACGGCCAUCUCCGCUCGCUCAUCCUGCCGGAGGUGGGGCGCGGGCUGCAGGACCUGAGCCCCGACGGUGGCGCCCGCCCGGUAGUGAGCUCCUGGAUGCCGCACCUGCUGAGCGGCUUCCCGGAGGUGACGGCUAGCCCCGCGCCCACCUGGGACGCGCCCCCGGACAAUGUCUCCGGCUGCUGGGAGCAGAUCAACUAUGGCAGAGUCGAGAAAGUUGUGAUCGGCUCCAUCCUGACGCUCAUCACGCUGCUGACGAUCGCGGGCAACUGCCUGGUGGUGAUUUCGGUGUGCUUCGUCAAGAAGCUCCGCCAGCCCUCCAACUACCUGAUUGUGUCCCUGGCGCUGGCUGACCUCUCGGUGGCCGUGGCGGUCAUGCCUUUUGUUAGUGUCACCGACCUCAUCGGGGGCAAGUGGAUCUUUGGCCACUUCUUCUGCAACGUCUUCAUCGCCAUGGAUGUCAUGUGCUGCACGGCCUCUAUCAUGACCCUGUGCGUGAUCAGCAUCGACAGGUACCUUGGGAUCACGAGGCCCCUCACGUACCCUGUGAGGCAGAAUGGGAAAUGCAUGGCCAAAAUGAUUCUGUCGGUCUGGCUUCUCUCCGCCUCCAUCACCUUACCUCCGCUCUUUGGAUGGGCCCAGAAUGUGAACGAUGACAAAGUGUGCUUGAUCAGCCAGGAUUUUGGCUACACGAUCUACUCCACCGCAGUGGCGUUUUACAUCCCCAUGUCGGUCAUGCUGUUCAUGUACUAUCAGAUUUACAAGGCCGCCAGGAAGAGCGCGGCCAAACACAAGUUCCCGGGUUUCCCGCGCGUGCAGCCCGAGAGCGUCAUCUCCCUGAACGGUGUGGUGAAGCUCCAGAAGGAGGUGGAAGAGUGUGCGAACCUUUCAAGACUGCUCAAACACGAAAGGAAAAACAUCUCCAUCUUCAAGAGGGAACAGAAAGCAGCCACCACCUUGGGGAUCAUCGUGGGUGCCUUCACCGUGUGCUGGCUGCCGUUUUUCCUCCUGUCCACGGCCAGGCCCUUCAUCUGCGGCACCUCGUGCAGCUGCAUCCCGCUGUGGGUGGAGAGGACAUGUCUGUGGCUGGGCUAUGCAAACUCUCUCAUUAACCCUUUCAUAUAUGCCUUCUUCAACCGGGACCUGAGGACCACUUACCGCAGCCUGCUCCAGUGUCAGUACCGGAAUAUCAACCGGAAGCUCUCUGCCGCGGGCAUGCACGAGGCCCUGAAACUUGCCGAGAGGCCCGAGAGAGCGGAGUUUGUGCUCAUAACCAGAGCCUUAGGAGUCCAGCAGGCACUCGAGAAUUUUCCUUGGGGUAACGGAAUGAACACAGGGAUAAAAGCUGUGAAUACUGUUGCACUGACAAAACUCUGACAACUGUAGAAAAAAAGUCCAUGAUACAUGACACAGAGUGGAACAGUGGAGAUGAAACAAUGCAAAAAAGGUGGAAACAACGAAGUCAUUGACUGCAAAAUGGAACAUAGCUUCUGUCUUCUUAGCUGGAAUGUAACGAGGGAUGAUCUGUUGUACAAAGUGUGUCUUGGGGGAGAUGGCAACCCCUCUCCUUUUUCCCGUGGAUCAGUGAUAUUGUGUUUAAAUGAAAAUAGUUCUCAGUGUCAGCCAGCCAGUCAUCUCAGCGGUAAGCACACUACAGAGCUGGGUUCCGGGAGGGAAGCAGUUCCAGGUGCUUUCCACAAGUCCACAUCCAUGUGAGUGGGGGGAAGAUCCUAACGCACAAUUCCCAUGCUUCCAGUCUAGGCUUUGUGGUAACUCUUCAGGAACCAUUUCAUGAGACAGAGUGCAUCUUGUGGUAUGACGGAAGGGUGUCUUUCCGAGCAAACUGCAGCCAAGCAUAAUGUUGAAUGUGUUGCAUGUCCAUGUUAGGAAACCGAAACCAGUCAUCAGCUAACACAUGAUUCCCCAGAGCAGUGUUUGUUCAAAGCUUCUGUUGAAUACUUUGGCUUUUCUGCAGGGUCCCUGCGACCUCCCACCAGUGUGCGUCCACUGUUAAACCCCUUAUCAUUAUGGUGUAUCUCAGGAACAGAUCUCAGGAUGGAGAGAGGCAGAAAACCUGAAUAGAGCUUUUGCUUGCACUCACACUCCUGAAGGCUCCUGAGAGAGGAGGGUAACCGGAGAAGAGUGACCACCACCUAACUGCACUGUAUAUUAACAUGAUUCUUGGCAUGUUGUUUACUGUCAUCUUCUGCAAGAGCGCGAGGAGGCCACGGGGCUGGUCCAUAACUGUGUACUAUGAGGAAGGAGUUGCGGUGCUUCCGGAGACAGCCUACACAUGUUCAUCCAACUGGACUGUUUGAAUUGUGUGAAUUGGAGGUCACCUGGACCCCCGUUGUGAACACUCUAGAACACCAUUCUGUUCCAUGUAAAGAAUUUGUCUCCAUGUUCUCUGUAUCUUGAAUCAAAUGUGUGCCUGAUGAAUUCUGUCCUCUAAACUCCUCCCCCCCCCCCAAUAAAAACGGUCGACAUUAAGGACAGGUCAGGAAGCAGAAAAGGUUCCUUUGUGGAUGGUAUCUUUUAAAUGAUACUGUGUUGUAGUCUGGGUGAAGGAGAUGGAAAGUCAUAGACCAGAAGAAUACCCAUGUCACAAAGGGGGGGCAUGAAUGCAAACUUUUAUUUGAUAAAAGAGAACUGAAAGAGAACACUAUUUUCCUACAAGUAAGAAGACUUCCUCUCACAGGAUCAAAUGGAGUUCCAACAUGGAUUAUGGACUUCUUUCCAAUGUCACUGAUGUUUAUUGUGAGACACAGGGAAGGGCCCCUUUGCUGUGAAGGGGAGGUAGGCACUGCCCUUUCAGACAAAGUGUGUACAAAUUCCUGAGCCACAGAUUUGCUAAAGUGACCGUAUAUACUCAGAUUCAUAAUUUAAAUAAUGAUUAUGUCAGAUACAUGUUGUUAAAUUUGAAAAUGUUUUAUUACAUUACAUCAAAAUAAAGGUUAUUUGUAGCUGGAAUAAAGCAACUUAAGUAACUGUUCUUAAUAAGAGGUCUGAUGUCAUCCAUGGUGCGCUCUGAAGGAUGGCAGGGGGUGAACUCUGGGCUUGCGCUUGCUAAAACCCUAACAGGUAGCUCGGGAGUGGCGGUGCACCCCUGUAGUGCGAACACACAGGAAGCAGAGGCAGGAGGAUCUCAAGUUGAAGGCAGUCAGAGUUUAUAUCUGGAGACACUCUCAAAAAAAAAAAAAUCCUAGAAAGUCAUUGAGACAGCUAUGUACUAAAUUAUACUCCAAAGUAGAAAUUC